UGAGGGGAGAGGAAGAACCACCCUGAAGGCCCUUCUUACUGGGCCUCUUAUUUUUCCGUUGGUCACACACAGUCCUGGCCCGCACCAUGAAGGGUUUCACUGCUGCCUUCCUCAUCUGGACCCUGAUUUCUCCCAGCGGUGGUGGCACCCCAGCCUGGCCCACACACACAGCCUGCAAGGACUCAAGCUUGGAAGUGCUCUACCAGAGUUGUGAUCCAUUACAAGAUUUUGGCUUUUCUAUUGACCAGUGUUCCGAACAUUUAAAAUCAAAUAUCAACAUUAGAUUUGGAAUCAUUCUGAGAGAGGACAUAAAAGAGUUGUUUCUUGAUGCAAGUCUCCUGACGGAAGGAGUGCCCUUUUUGAAUUACUCCUAUCCCAUCUGUGAAGAGGAUCUCCCCAAGUUUUCUUUCUGUGGAAGAAGGAAAGGAGAGCAGAUUUAUUAUGCUGGCCCUGCCACUAAUCUUGGAUUUGAAAUUCCCAAGGGAGAACACCAGGUUUUGCUGAAACUGUAUAAUGAAAACCAUUCCAUGGUGGCCUGUGCCAAUGCGACCAUCAUUUGCUCCUGAGCAGCUCAAUAGCACAGCAGCCUUGUCAUGUGGAAAUUCCAGGCAUCUCCAACUGAACCUACCAUGUAAGCAGAACCUCUGAGAGAAGGCUUGCUGAAGGUGCGGGCGCUGACUUAGCCCAGCACCGUGGGCCCCAGACCCCACAUGUGGAAUGAAGCGCCCGCAAUCACCUGCUUCUAAGGAGCCUCCUGGUGGUCACUAAGCUGCCCUGAGGGCCCAUCCUUCUGUAAGUGGGCACCUCACACCAGACGCCCCGCUGCAGCUCCCUAGGAGCACUUCCUCAGGUACCAGAAUAAAGAAAGCUGGCCGACAGCCGGUCAUGGUUCUUCACAGAAUCUGAGUACAGUCCUGUAGUUAUGUCAUUUCCUGCAGACGCAGCGCCGGGGCCUGGUGCAGCAUGGGUGGUUCUAAGACAGUGGUUCUCAACCUUCCUAGUUCCGCGACCCUUUAAUACAGUUCCUCAUGUUGUGGUGACCCCCAAUUUCAUUGUUACAAAUUGAACAUAAUUAAGGCAUAGUGAUUAAUCACAAAAACAAUAUGUAAUUAUAUAUGUGUUUUCCGAUGGUCGUAGGUGACCCCUGUGAAAGGGUCAUUCGACCCCCAAAGGGGUCGCAACCUACAGGUUGAGAACCGCUGUUCUAAGAGAUUCCGGAGGAUGGUGGCCCUGCUAAAGCUAGUGCACUGGGGAAACAUGCCUACCCUUCUACUGGGAAAGCCGCGCCCUGGACCUCAAGGGCAGAGAAGCUGAUGAAACCUCAUAAAGAGUGACAUCAAAGUCUUAUUUGAUGGAUAGCUGCAGAGCUAUGUACCAGGCCCUGCGCUCAGCCUGGUACUCCAGGGAGCAAAGCAGGCACUGUCCCUGCCUUCCUGGUGCGUGCGGUCCCCUACAAUAUUACAAAGCCACAUGUUGGCCAGUGGACACAUUUAUUCACACACAGAAGCACCUCAGUGCCCUCUGUUAUGAGCCGGUGGCUGGCCUGCUGUCAAAGCCAUUUUGGCAGCCCCAUCUUCUCCUGUCCUGGCAUCUGCAGAACCAAUUGGUGGGCCCCACAACCCCUUUGCCAUCCUGAGUCUUCCCCAACCCCCCUUCCUAUGUCCCUGGGCCCAAUGCCUGUCUGACCUGUUGUCCUGCAAAGGGGCUGGAGAUAGGUGACUGGGUUGACUUUAUCAUUUGCAGAUUUUUUUCUAUCCAUGACAGUGCCACUAUAUUAGAGAUUAAAGAGGAAAACAUGCCAUCAUUUUAAAAAGUUCAUUGCUGUCAAUUACUGUCUGCAUAUAAUUAAGCUACCUAGAAUAGCAAUCCAUAAAUACCUGGUGAAUCCAAACUUUAAAACCAGAAUCUGAGGCUCUUUGAGAUUAUAGAGAGACAAAAUUACAGUGUGGCCUGCCUGUGCCCCUAAGUGCUCAGGAGGAAAGACCAGCUGUGGCCGUGCCAGGCUCAGGAGACAACUUCUGACCACACACAGGGUGAUACUGCUAAGCACACAAAAAGCAAGCUGAGUUUCUGACCCUUACGGUUCCCUCUAGCAAGACUCUCCCCUGCACCCUCUUCAGUAAGCAUCCCUAUUCUAGCAAAGGCCUGGGGUAGAUUCUGGGUACCCACAUGUGCCAGCUGCUGGUCAGCUGUCAGCCUUCCAACGAUGGGCCGAGGAAUAGGGACAGCUCACUUCUUAUAGUUCUACAGCUCAGCUGUUGCCUUUCCUAUGCUUUGCCCUCUUCUUAAAAAUUCAACAGUGUGUGUGUGUGUGUGUGUGUGUGUGUGUGUGAUUGAGAGUUUCAGAUGCUAUAGGUGUGGGUUAAACAAGGAUUUUCAUAUGCGGAGCUAACCUUGGCCAUGACUGCAUGCACAGCAGUUGCACUAAGGGUGUUGUGAUCUGAGAGAAAAGGAAAGUGUUUCUCUGGCCCAAAAUAUGUCUGUCCUUAGUGUCCUGCCCUGGGCCUUAAAUUUCACUUUGAGUUUCACUCUUGCAAACUGAGAAAAUUACCCACUGUCUACAAGUCUCCUGUUAAAAUACAAAGUCCUGGUGGGAGAAACGCCCAAAAUCAUGAUCACUCUUUAACCCUCUGGCAGAACAGAGUGACUGGGAUGAAGUUGGGAGCUGCCCUCCAGAAGCAGGAGGCAUUGAGGAGCUGGCAGCUCCAGGCAAGCUCUCUUAGGUGAACCGUCUAUGUGUGCACCUGGGGGUAAGGGCGAGUGUGCACCAUCUAUGUGUGCACCUAAGGGUGAGGGCGAGUGUGCAUGAACAGAGAACUUACUUUACUUUUCAUUUUCUCAUAAACAAAGUUUGCUAUUGUUUCAAAAACAUCAUCAAGAAUUCUAAAGUUUCUCCUCAAUAAACUUCCCUAAAAACGGUGAGUUGGUUCAAGAUUAUGCUAUGCCCCCAGAACCAAAGGACGCUGCAGAAACCAGCCAGCCCGUCACCAUGGUGCCACAGACCUCCUUUAUAUUUUAAGGGAAAUUGUAACUCUCUGUGUUUACUUUUUUUUUAAGGAAAUGCGGGUGCCCAAGGGAAGCUUCGCCAGGCUAGUGUUCAGCAGAAUGCUGAAGAUUCCUUUGGGACAGUGUGAUCACAUCUUUCAACCUGUUUGGUCUCUGAGAAAAAACCCCUUUCAAACUGGCUUGCACACAUGGGGACCUCUGGGCCCCUGUGACUGCCCAGCUGCAGGGUUCUGGCUCAGCCGUGGUUUGCUGCAGCAGUUCACACUGUCCUCAGCAUUUCACCCCCAUUUCUCUAUAAUUCCUUCGCCUCUCACCUCCCUAAAUAUUGGUUUCACCCUCAAACAGUCUUUCCUAUAACUGCAAAUAAUUUCACAUGUCCAAAGUACAAAAAAAAAUGAGAGACAACUUUAUCCAAAAUGCUGUCAUUCAUUCUGAGUGCAAGGUCUCGGGUCACAUGACUAAUCCUGGCCAGUCACUUUGGCCUGGCACUGAUUGGCUUAGCCUAAGUCACAUGGCCCACCCCCAGAGCUGGACUGAUGUUAGUCCCUCUGGAACCCAUUUCGCUAAGUGGAAACUGGGGGGAAAGGGGAGUGAAAGAGGUAAAGAAAAAAGAGGGGAGGGAUACUAGAGUCCAGAACACAACUAGAAUUAGGCUAGUUUCUGGUCUAACUUCCCUAGCUAUUAACUCAGCAAGUGACUUAAAUUCUCUGAGCCUCAGCUUCUUCGUCUGUAAGUGUGGACAAUAAUAAUACCUACCUUAUAGGAAUACGGUGAAAAUCAAAUGAGAAAAUGCAUGCAAAGUGCUUGGAACAAUGCCUGCAUGUAACAUGAAGUGAGUGACUGUUAUAAGCUGGUGCCUAAUCUCUUAAAGCUGCUAUAAUAAAAAUACCAUAAGCCAGUGACUUUAUUUAAAUAACAGAAAUUUAUUUCUCACAGUUCUGGAGACUGGGGAGUCCCAGGUCAAGGCGCAGGCCGAUUUGGUGCCUGGGGAGGGCCUGCUCCCCGGUGCAUAGGCAGCU